AUGGCUGCAACAUUCAUUAAGCCCGCAUCGGUUCCUGUUCUCAACAAAUCUAUAGAAAAUUUUCUACCUGACGGACUGGGACAGAAUGGUGGCCGAAUAUCCACGGACCACAUUGGCCUCCUACGGCCAACGUCAACAUCUCUGCCGAUCGACGGAAUGAGACACCGGCUGAAAGAAGACGGAUACUUGUUUAUCAAGGGAUUGAUUCCUAGAAAUGAUGUUCUCAGUAUGAGAGAGAGCUAUUUCCGCCAAUAUUCUCGUACUUCAUUCCUAGAGCCUGGAACAUUACCCAGGGAUGGUAUUUUUAACAAUUCUGCCCAUCCGGAUGCUCACAAAGGAAUUGGCGGACAAGGCCUUCCGGCAGAUCCGGUAGAAGAGAAGAUCCUCAUCGACGCUCAUAAAGACUUGGCAUAUCGACAAUUCGUGGAACAUCCAGCUCUGACUAGGUUCAUCAGAGAUCUUAUGGGUUGGAAAGAACAUCAAAUAUUGGAUCGAACGAUGCUUCGACACAAUGUUCCAUUUGGAAUGGGAACCGGCAUCCAUUAUGAUAAAUUGUUUCUAAGAGGAGGCAAUGGAUUCUUUUUGACAGCUUGGGUACCAAUCGGGGAUAUCUCUGUCAACGGAGGUGGCCUUUGUUAUCUCGAGAACUCAGUCCCGCUUGGCCGUGCGAUUGAGGAGGACUUUACUAAGCGGUCUGAAGCAAUGACGCAAGAAGAUCGCAUCUCGGCCUACAACAUGAGCAUGCUUGGUGGGGGUAUGAUUGCAUCGUCUCCUCAAAACUUCCAGGAAAUGCACUCCGCUUACGGGGUUCAUAAAUGGCUUGUUGCAGACUAUGAAGCAGGAGAUGUAGUAUUUCACGACCCGCACAGUAUUCAUGCUAGUGGACGGAAUGAGGACCACACAGGUCGCAUCCGCCUUAGUACAGAUCUGAGAUUCUAUGAGAAGAAUGAUCCGGGUAUUGAUCAGCGAUGGUUCAGAAUAUGGAGACCAGAUGAUGGGCUGUGA